AUGGCGGCACCUGGCUGCAUGUGGCGAAAACUCUACAGGGUAUUAACUCAGCCAGUUGUUGGACAUUUGAUCAAACAACCUGUCCGGCAUGGCUGGACUCGACUCGUCAGUCGAGGAAAAUCUCCAGAGGAUGCAAAAUCGCUAGCUGAGAGGCUAAGUGAAAUCGAAGCUGUGAAAGCAAAUGCUGAAAUAAACAGAAAUGUUAAUAUUGGAUUCCCGUCAUCAAGGAAAACUGUGUCAAGGAAAGUCAUUCGAGAAUGGAAAUCCCAGAGAAAGGCCAAGGAACGUCUGUCACGCUUAGGGACAUUGUCUUUACCAGAAGAGGAUGUCAAGCUGCAGUAUGAAGCUGAUGAAGGAUUGAUCUCCACCAGGGUUUUAGCAGAGCAUUAUGGGAUAUUCCGCGACCUGUUUGAUGGUGCUCACUUUGUUCCAAACACUCGCCUGGAAGUUUCCUAUAACUUUGAUGAUGAAUUCAUUUUACCAGUAUAUAGAGGAAAUAAACUGGAGGCCUCUCUGGUGCACACGGCUCCCUGCGUGGAGUACACCACUGAUCCAGCCUCACUCUGGACUCUGAUCCUGACCAAUCCUGAUGGCCAUUUACAGGACAACUCUGCAGAAGUCCUCCAUUGGUUCAUAGGGAAUAUCCCAGGGUGUGAUGUGAGCAAAGGGGAGACAGUCUGUAACUACCUGGCUCCAUUUCCACCGAAAGGCACAGGUUUCCAUCGUUAUGUCUUUAUUUUAUUUCAACAGGAGAGAAAACUGGAUUUCUCAUCUGAAAAGAGAUCGGAGAAUAGCACUUGUCUAAGAGAGAGAACGUUUCAGACUUUGGAGUUUUACAGGCAGCACCAGGAGCAGUUAACUCCUUCAGGGUUAGCCUUCUUCCAGGCUGAGUGGGAUGAAUCAGUUACGGAUGUGUUCCGAAACGUUUUGGGUAUGGGUGAGCCAUCGUUUGAAUUUGUCCACCCACCAGUGUAUCACCCUAAGCAGGUCAAAUAUCCCCACAAGCAGCCCUUCAACUUGUACCUUGACCGAUAUAGAGAUGUGAAGGAUUUGCGCGAAGAAGUGUUACGUGAAAAGCUGAAGAUGAUCUCCCCAUUCUCACCACAUCCAAAACGUCCUGCCUAUCCAAAUAUAUACAGACUACCUAGGACAUGCCCACAGUGGCUGAAGGACAAAAUUACAUUCAUGAGACUGAGGAAAAAACAGUGGUCAGAUCUGCCCUAGUUUUCAGAUUGGAAGAAAAAAAAAGCGUGUUUUACACUCCAGUUUCACAUGUGUGACUUUGAAUGUGAUGUUGAAAUAUGAUGUAGUGUUAAUUAAAACUGAAGAAAUUAUAUAUCAGAAACCU